AUGGCUGCCCGACAGAAGCCGUUGGGUGUGGAGCCCGAGGGGCCAGCAGUCCGGCUCCACAAGCCUCAGGGGGCCGCAGGGCAGAAUGUGUCCACACAGAAAAUCGAAGACUUAAUGGACAUGGUGAAAAAGUUGCAGAAAGUGGGAAGCCUAGAGCCCCAGAUCGAGGUCCUGAUUAACCGCAUUAAUGAGGUUCAGCAAGCAAAAAAGAAAGCCAGUGAGGAGCUUGGAGAGGCCCAGACUGCCUGGGAUAGCCUGCAGAAGGACCUGGACUCAUUACAUGAAGAGAAAGUACGUCUGAAGGAUAUCUUGAACAAAAAGCAAGAGUCCCUGAGGAUGUUUCGGCUGCAGUGUCAGGAGAAGGAAAGUGAGACACGAAGGAAGCACAGCGUAUUACAGGAAUGUAAAGAGAGAAUUUCUUUCCUGAACUCCCAGAUCGACAAUGAGAAGGGCAGACUAAGAAAAUUGAGGUUGGAGUUUGAACAACAGCUGGAGGCUUUGAUGAGCCAGCACAAGGACCUCUUGGAAUUUCAUAAGCCUGAACAUCUGGAGGAGGAGAUACGUGCUUUGGACAGCAGCAAGGAACAGCUACUCAAGGAAGAGAAACUGAUCGAGGUAAAGCUGGAGGAUGUGAAACAUCGGCUCAGUACCCUGUGUGGGCCUGAGGGGUCUUCCAACCUCACUGAGGGGCUCUUCCUCCGAAGCCAUGAGGCAGCUGCAGCAAUGCAGCUGUUCAAGGAGGAGAACAAGAAAGCUGAGGAGCUCCUAAAUGCUGCAGCUCAGCACCACCAGCAGGUGCAGGAGAGGUGCCAACAGCUGCAGCAGAAACGGCAGAAGCUGAAAGAAGAACUGGAAAAACAUGGGGUACAGAUCCUUGCUCAAGGUCAGAGUAUGCAGGAUGAAGGAGACAACUCAUGGAGGAUGGCCAGUCCCAAGUCCCUAGAAGUCCAUGAGGAGAAGGACCAAGAGCACCCAACAAGCAGGACCUGAUACCCUCCUUGACCUGGAGGACAUACCAGCCCCACACUCAUCAUAUGGAGCUGUUGAAAUAAACGGGCUAUUUUGUA